UUGUCUUUUCCUCCAUCCGCAUUUCUCCACUCCUCGAGACUUUUUCCUUUUUCUCUUCUACAAAGUCACUUGAAACAGGAAAAAGAUGGCGGCCAGGACCCUGAAGAUUGGUCUCAUCCCCGGUGAUGGCAUCGGCAAGGAAGUCAUUCCCGCCGGCCGGCGCAUUCUCGAGGCUCUCCCGGCCUCUCUGGGCUUGAAGUUCGAGUUCAUCGACCUCAAGGCCGGCUGGGAAACCUUUGAGCAGACCGGCAACGCCCUGCCCGAAGAGACAGUUUCGAUCCUCAAGUCUGAGUGCGAUGGCGCCCUUUUCGGAGCCGUCAGCUCGCCCACCAAGGCCGUCAAGGGCUACUCCUCUCCCAUCGUCGCCCUGCGCAAGAAGCUCGACCUGUACGCCAACGUGCGCCCUGUCAAGUCGGUCCGGGGCCCCGGCGUCAAGCCCAUCGACAUGGUGAUUGUGCGCGAGAACACCGAGGACCUGUACGUCAAGGAGGAGAAGACGUACGACACGCCCGAGGGCAAGGUGGCCGAGGCCAUCAAGCGCAUCUCGCAGCGCGCCUCGUCGCGCAUCGCCACCAUCGCCGGUGAGAUCGCCCUGCGCCGCCAAAAGAUCCGCGAGGGCGGUUCCCCUUCCAUCCACAAGGGCCCCCUCGUGACCGUCACCCACAAGUCCAACGUUUUGUCCCAGACCGACGGCCUCUUCCGCUCUACCGCCCGUGAGGCCCUCGCCGCCGGCCGCUUCACCUCGGUCGCCGUCGAGGAGCAGAUCGUCGACUCGAUGGUGUACAAGCUCUUCCGCCAGCCCGAGGCCUACGACGUCAUUGUUGCGCCCAACCUGUACGGCGACAUUCUCUCUGAUGGCGCCGCCGCCCUCGUCGGCUCGCUCGGUCUCGUCCCCUCGGCCAACGUCGGUGAGGGUUUCGCCAUCGGUGAGCCCUGCCACGGCUCCGCGCCCGACAUUCAGGGCCAGAACAUUGCCAACCCCAUCGCUACGCUCCGCUCUGCUGCGCUCAUGCUCGAGUUCCUCAACGAGGAGGAGGCGGCGGCCAAGAUCUACGCUGCUGUUGAUGCUAACCUUGAGGAGGGCAAGCUGCUCAGCCCCGAUCUUGGCGGUAAGGCUAAGACCGAGGAGGUUGUGCAGGAUAUCCUUCGCCGUCUCUAAAUGGGGAGCGGGAUUAGAUGGCAAGGGUUAUGAGUCAUGAUAUUGAAAAAUACUUGGUAUCCGGCUCGAGAACAAAAAAAUGCUGUUGAAUGAUGUACUGUAUGACAUUUACAUGAGAGCGGUAUCCUCACGCUAGACACCUUGUACAUAAAUGAGGAAGGAAGUCGUAAAUGAUGGUUUUCAAUAAUAACGAUACUAGUUG